CCUUCACUCUUUUCUUUUUUUUCUUGCUUCUCCCCCUCUUUACUUUGCUCCUCAAAUUAUUCUCGCCCAUACUGGUCAAUUCCUACAUCCUUUACUUGUUCUACGAUGUCUUCUGCAACUGACAAGCCUACAUCCAAGGUGGAGUGGAUUACUGCCGAAGACGGGCAUGAAAUCUUUACAAAGACUUGGUACCCUGUCGGAAAACCAGUUGCUUCCAUUGUCUUUGUCCAUGGUCUAGGAGAGCAUAUUGUCCGCUACGAUGGAGUUUUUGAAGAUUUUAACAAGGCGGGUUUCCAGGUCUCGGCCUUUGAUCAGCGUGGAUUCGGACAAACAGGCAAAAAGUCAAAGACUUUGGGAUGUACUGGAGGAUUCAAGAAGGCAAUUCCUGACAUUACUGCCGCUUUGGAACGUGGCCAGAUCGAGGGUCUUCCUUUGUUCCUGAUGGGUCAUAGCUAUGGUGGAGACUUGGUUUUGAAUUAUGACUGCGUUGGCCCACUGAGGACUAGACUUGCUGGCUUGAUUGCAUCAGCACCACUUAUUAUUCCCGCAGAACCCACACGCCCCAAUUGGAUCUCCAUUAUAGCUGCAAGGUAUGCCUCCAAAGUGUUUCCAUCGCUUCAGAUUUCGACUGGCUUGUCAUCCAAGUGGAUUUCGCGUGACAAGAAGGAGGUGGAGAAAUAUGACACAGACCCCCUUGUGCAUGGAUAUGUAACAAUGGUUGGCUUGAAUGAUAUGUUGACGUACGGGAAGUUGUUGUUGACAGAGAGAUACAAAGAGAUCACAGCGGAUGUACCAUUGUUGAUCUGUCAUGGCGAUAAGGAUGGGUUGACGGAUGCAGCAGCAAGUAAGCAGUUCUUUGAUAAGGUGCAGGUCAAGGAUAAGGAGUACAAGCUCUAUGAGGGUCAUUUCCACGAGCUUCAUAACGAGCCCGAGGAGGAGCGUAGAAAAGUCAUUGAUUAUUAUAUCGAAUGGAUCAAGAAGCAUUUGCCUGACAACAACACCACAGCCGUUUAAAAAAGAAAGAGAAGAAUUGAAGACUUUUUAUCUGUAUACUUGAUGAUUUGGUAAAAUGUCACAAUAAAAAAAAUCCCGCC